AUGUUGUCAAUCACCGUCCCCCAAUACACCAACCCCGAUGGCUACCAGCUCACACAGGUGGACAAGCCAGCCGUCACGCAGCCCACCGACGUCCUGAUUAGGGUGCACGCGGCGAGCAUCAACCCCGUCGACGUCAAGAAGGCAGAUGGCGUCAUGAAAAUGGCGCUCCAGGACAGCUUCCCGUACAAGAUUGGCUAUGACGCUGCCGGCGUCGUGGAGGAGGUGGGCAGCGCUGUCACGUCGUUCAAGGCGGGCGACGAGGUUUACGUGCGCCUGCCAGAAUUUAGCAGAGGUGCGUGGGCAGAGUUUGCCAUGUGCCCAGAGCGCUUCGUCGCGCUCAAGCCCAAGAACAUGUCCUUUGGUGAUGCCGCCUCGCUGCCGCUGGCUGCCAUGACAGCACUCCAGGCAUUGCGGGAGUACAAGGGCUCGCUGGAGGGCAAGACAGUCUUUAUCCCCGCGGGGUUGAGUGGUACCGGCGCAUAUGGCUUGCAGAUCGCCAAGAAUGUCUUCAAGGCAGGCAAGGUCAUUACCACUGUGUCGACGAGCAAGGUGCCCAAGGUGCCGGAGCUGCUCGGCGACGGCAUCGUUGAUCAGAUCAUUGAUUACACCAAGGAAAAUCCCACCACGACCAUCCCAGCCGGGUCUGUCGACUUCAUCUUCGACACCACCGGCCAGGCGACCGAGUUUAUGCCUCUCCUGGUCAAGAGCAGCGGCCUGGUCGUUUCCAUCUCGACCGCCCCAUCCGGCGCGACACUGCAGAACGCGAGCGUCAUGGACAACGGUACGCCGGACAGGCAGCGGCUGCCGCUCGUGGCUCGCGUAUUCCUCGACGCCACGGACCAGCUGCGCAAGCUCCGGGCGCGCUUCUACGGCGUCGAGUACAAGUACAUCUUCCUAAACCCCAACGGUGAGGACUUGGCGUUGCUCAAGGACGUGGCGGAGCAGGGCCGGCUACGACCGGUCGUGGGCAUGCGCGUGGACCUGAGCGACAUUGAAAAGGUGCGCGAAGCGUGUUGGCAGUCGUACAAGGGCAAAGGCGGGCUGGGUAAGACGGUGUUUGAGGUGAAGCAAGACGGCAGGGAAGUAUAG